AUGCGUGGUGUGCUGCAGACCACCAGCCAAAUUGUCACAAAGGAGUACCUAGAUGCAUGCCAACCGAAGAGCUUAAAACGUUUAUUCCCGCUAGAUGAUCCUCCGCCCCAAAAUUUUAUAUCUCACCAAUUCGAAAAGUUAACCAAGACAUAUUCAAAUCCUCGUUCCAUAUUGAGGUUAUAUCGCAAUUAUAUACGUGCAACAGACUACCCUUGCUACCCUUGGUUGGUUAGGGCUGCAUGUCAAAUUGGUAAUUCCUUUGGGUUCAAUUCUUUUUGGUCUCCACGUGAUAAACAAACACUCACCAGCACUGACCUAUUCAAGAAAUUAAUGUUCGACUUGGUGGAACGGUCCAGAUUCUUACACGCUAGACACGCUCCUAGACUAAUUUACGCAUUGACUGCGCUUGAAUAUCGCAGUAGACACUUAUUGGCCCCUCUGUUACAGCUUGUAAUGGAUAAUCUCCAACACUGGAGAUUGCCUAUCCUCGCCACUUUAGCACACUGUCUAACAUUACUAGGCAUAGGGGAUGAAUCAAACAAUACAUUUAAUGGAAAAGACUAUUCAGGUCUUAUCCAAUUAUUGCUAACCGAAGUCUUCACUAGAGAUGAAUCUGAUGCAUGUGCCUGUGACUGGGCUUCGCUCGCUUAUACCUGCACAUUGAAUAACUUAUAUGAAUGGCCUACUAAGCACCAACCUGCUUUACCUAUAUUCAUAUCACAGGCCAUGAAAACGAUCACACUUAAAAACCUACCAGAGAGUGGGUGGUUGCAAUACAUUAUCUACCUAAUACUGUACAGUGCGGAUGUGGAGAAGCCUUUUUGCGAAGUUGCAAUAAAGAAGAGCGUCCCCUAUGAAAUCCAAGAGUCGCUGCACAAAAGGUGGCUCACUGAAAUAUUGAUUAAAGCACAACCACAAGGCAGUGAAACGCUGCAAUUGGACGUAGAUUUAGUGCUACAAGGGCUAGGACUUACACAAGCACUGUCAAAUUGUUCUGUAGGAAGGGAUGACGAUGAACAGCACUGUCUAUUUACCGGACAUUUAUUUCCCCAAAGGAAGUUGUGCCUAGAAUAUGAUUAUUUUCAGCCAAUAGAUGAAAAUAAGCCUAAGAUUAGUGGGUUGUUGAAAUUCAAGAAAAGAUUGUUCAAUACCAUGGGAUACAAUGUGUGUGUCGUACAUAAGUGUUUUUGGGAUAACCUGACAAAGGAUGGGAAAGAAAAGGAGAUUUUGUCAAUAUUAGACAACUUCAGGCCAUCAGAAACAGAAAUUAAAAAUGAGCCUGUCAAAAACAUUUUCACCGAUACAGGGAAUAUAAGGCAUUUGAAACAUUUGAGGCCCAGAUUCGAAGUAUGGCCUCCAGAGAAGAUUGUUGUUUAA